AGUUCGGGGAGAAACAUGGGUGAAGUUCAGGACGCCAGGGAUGUCCACAAGACCGUCGCCGCUCCAGCAGUAAAGCCCUUUGAGCACUAUGACUUCUCCCGAGCCAAAAUCCGUUGCAGCCUCACAUGGCUGGUGGCCAAAGCGUACGGGACAGACAGCAUCCCGACAGACUUGAAGGAUCCGUUCUACACAGACCAGUAUGAGCAGGAGCACCUGAAGCCUCCUGUGACCAGCCUCCUGCUGUCUGCAGACCUCUACUGCAGGGCCGGCAGCCUCAUCCUGAAGAGCGACGCCGCCAAGCCCCUGCUGGGCCACGACGCCGUGAUCCAGUCACUGGCACAGCGUGGACUCUACGUCACCGACCAGGAGAGGCUGGUCACUGAGAGGGACCUUCGAAAGAGGCCUCUACAAAUGAGCGCCCAUCUGGCAAUGAUAGACACUCUGAUGAUGGUGUACACAGUGGAGACUGUGAGUGUGGAGAAGGUGAUGGCCUGCCUAUGUCAGUAUUCAUCCUGCAACCCUGAUGUGGAAGCACCAUAUGAUACGGAAGAUGCAGUGACCACCUGGAUCAACAAGGUAAACGAACAUCUGAAAGAUAUCGUGGCUCAGGAGCAAAGGAAGAAGGAGACGCAGACUGCCGAGCCUGCUGGUAGUCCUCGGGCUAGGUACAGGAAGGAGCAGGCCUCGACCCAACAGGUUCCCUGGAUCCCCCCAGUGGACAACCUGCUGAAAGACAGCACAGACGGCUCGGCCCUGGGCGCUCUGCUGCACUUUUACUGCCCUCAGCUGCUACCACUAGAUGAUGUCUGUCUGAAGGAGAACAUGACGCUGUCCGAUCGGCUGUACAACCUGCAGCUCAUUCAGGACUUCUGCAAAGACAACCUCAAUAGCUGCUGCCACUUCAGCCUGGAGGACAUGCUCUACGCCUCCUCCACCAUCAAGAAUAACUACCUGGUGUUCAUAGCAGAGCUGUUUUGGUGGUUUGAGGUGGUCAAGCCGUCUUUUGUGAAACCAAGAACGCUGGAUAGCGAAGGCACAGAGCCUUCAUCUUUGUUGAAGAGUAUGCCAACCAUCCCUAUCUCCAAGGCAACUAAGAGAAGCUUCAUGGAAAGACCCCCCAGUCCUGAGAGACUUGGUUUGCCCCUCCGACCCCAGCCUAAAACUUCAGGGGAGAUCAAGCGGUCAACCUCAAUGUCUUUUGUUGAUGGCAACCUUGGCACCUGGCCCAAAGAGAAAAGGUCUGGGCCUUAUGGAGUUUCUUUUGACAUCCCCUUUGACAAAGAGGACUCUGCUCCUGCCCCUCUUUCCUCCACACGGGGCAUGGUCAGGUCUGUUAGCACUGAUGAUGGCUCUGGUUUCAAGGUCCACCACCUGCCCCGUGGGAUCAAGCGCAACCUGUCCUUCCAGCCAGUGAAUGGCCAGAGUGUUGGUAUUGAGGAGGAGGGCUGCCCAGACAGCCUAGCUGGUAUGGAGCCUGGCAGGCAGUCUUAUCCCAACGGACAUGGAAGUGUCAUGGCAACAACCCCGUCCAUGGAGGAGGCCCUUCAGAUUAUCCACAGUCCUAGCAGGCCCCCAGUGGAGGGCAUCAACAAUGGCUUCUUCCUGCACAGUCAGGACCAUGGGGCUACUGUUGGUGUCUCAGAGCCAGUGUCAGAGGGGGACUCCAAAGGACCUCUGAGCACCACAGACACCACAGAGGUGGACACUGGCAUCCAUAUCCGAACAGAGGACAUGCUGGAUGAGGAUUCCUCUCUUAAAGACUGCUCUGUUAACAUGGAGCUGGAUAUGGACACGCCAAGCCCUUGUCCAAGCAGCCAGAGUAAAUCCCCUUCUGGAGUGAAGUUGACCAGCUUCGCUGAACAGAAGUUGAGGAAGCUCAAUCCAUCAGCGCCGGACUCAGGGAGGGGCAGCAGCAGCUCCCUCAAGACCACUCCUGAGGGCUCUGAGUUUGGAGUCUCAUUAUCUGUCUCUUGGGCCCCGACCCCUGAGCACAGCCCCAUCCAUCAACAAACCACACCACCCCUUACUGCUCAAGAAUCUCCCACAGCUGUCCAGCUUCCACCCAAUGACCCUGCUCAAGUCAUGGCUACGGAAAUGGUGCAGCUGAGGAUGAGGCUGGAGGAGAAACGGAAAGCCAUUGAAGCACAGAAGAAGAAAGUGGAGGCUGCUUUUACAAGGCAUCGGCAAAAGAUGGGUCACUCAGCGUUUCUCAAUGUGGUAAAGAGAAAAGGGGAUGGGGCUGCCAGUGGAGAAGACGGAGGGAAAAUUGAGGGCGAAGGCAAGGCAGCAAGCACAAGUCCCAUCUUUAAAUUUGGAAGGAGCAAGGCAGACACACCUGAUGGGGCAGAGCAAAGCAUCACAACCUUCUCUUGGACAAAGUCACCCGGUGCAGGAGAGGAGGGUGGACACAGUCAUGCCCAGCUAACCGAGGUGGAUCUAACAGAGUAUACGCGCUCUAUUGAGAAACUCAACCACUCAUUAGCCUUCCUCCAGACUGAGAUGCAGCGACUGGCUCAGCAGCAGGAAGUCAUCAUGACCAUGAGGGAGCAACAACAUCAGCAGUCGUGGGUCAUCUCUCCUCCAAAUACAAACCCCUCACCACAAAAACACAGUCGGGCCGGAGCUGUUACUCGAUCCUCAGGACCCUCUUCUCCUGCCGACUCCCCUCGCUCCACCCACCGCUCUCCAACCAGCAUCAAACGCAAAUCUGCCUCCUUCCACUCACGUAAUCCCCGCACUGCUCGUCCCAGCGAGCUCAAGCUGGCCCCUUACAGUCGAGUCCUAACUGCCCCGCAAUCUGUCGAUAGCAUCCCAAGGCUACGGCGAUUUUCUCCCUGCCAGCCUUUGGCAAGUUCCUUCGUUUACAUGGGGGACAAAUCAGCAACCGCCAAUCCGGAGACAGUAGCCAAAGACGGAGAUAAAAACAAGGAGACUGAUUCCCUCCUUUCCCCAGAGAGGGAGCUUGCCUGUAUAUGUGUAGCCAGCCCACCCCCCAGCUCCCUUAACCUGCAGAGCAAAAGAGAGAAAACAGAAGUAGAUUCAAAUGCCAAAUCCCAGGAAACUGAGGCUCACAGCCAAUCCAAGAUCACCGACAUGGAAACAGAUUACAAGAAAGCCGGAGUUCAGAAGUCAGCUGUAGAUAUCAAACCUACCAUAGAGUCAUCAUUUCCCGAGGUUCUGGCCCAACCUGUGGUAGAAACCUUCACGGUGACACCUACAGAGAUCCCUCCACAACCAGAAACUUCAGACCAAGCAAAGAGCAGCUUAAUUGAGGUUCCUCUGUCAGUCGUGAAGCCACUGGAGGACCUGACACUUGAUGAUGGUUUGGAGAUGCAGGGUAAUGUGGAAGGCCUGGAUGAGGAGCAGAAGAUGUGUCGUGGUUUCUUCUUCAAGGAGGACGGAAAGGCCGAGGAGAACAUGGCCCAGAAGAGGGCGGCGCUGCUGGAGAAAAGGAUGAGAAGGGAGAAGGAGAGCCAGCAGAGGAAAAUACAGCUGGAGGCUGAGCUGGACCAGAAGAAAGAGGAAGCUCGAUUGAAAGCAGAGGAGGAGCGUCUCAGGAAGGAGGAGGACAAGGCCAGGAAGGAGUUCAUCAAACAGGAAUAUCUCAGGAGGAAGCAGCUCAAACUGAUGGAGGACAUGGACACUGUCAUUAAACCUCGACCAACCGGUGGGGCCAAGCAGAGGCGGGGCCGGCCAAAGUCCAUCCAUCGUGACAGCAUGGACUCCCCCAAAACCCCCGUCAGAGCUGCCACAGGUUCACGUCAACGUGUCUUUUCAGUCUCCAGCUUGUCCCUGGCUUCCCUCAACCUGGGAGACAGCGACAGCGUUCACUCUGAGAAGAGGACACCGAGGCCAGACUCUGCAGAUGGCUUCCUGUCCCCAAGUCGCUCCAGCAGCAGGAAUGGAGAAAAGGACUGGGAAAACGGAUCCACAACCUCCUCUGUUACAUCCAACACAGAGUACACUGGACCGAAGCUGUACAAGGAACCCAGUGCCAAGUCGAACAAGCACAUCAUCCAGAACGCUCUGGCCCACUGCUGCCUCGCAGGCAAGGUCAAUGAGGGGCAGAAGAACAAGAUCCUGGAGGAAAUUGAGAAAUCGGAAGCCAACAACUUCUUAGUGUUGUUCCGCGAUGCCGGCUGCCAGUUCCGCUCACUCUACACUUACUGCCCCGAGACAGAGGAGAUCAACAAGCUGGCUGGCAUCGGCCCCAAGAGCAUCACACGCAAGAUGAUCGACGGCCUCUACAAGUACAACUCGGACAGGAAGCAGUUUAGUCAGAUACCAGCCAAGACCAUGUCGGCCAGCGUGGACGCAGUGACGAUCCACAACCACCUCUGGCAAACCAAGAAGCCAGCCACCCCUAAAAAAGUAGUGCCUGCCCAGUCCUAGUGGAACUUGGUACCCCAAACAUCACCAUUCCCCCCCUCAAGUGGAACAUAACCAUUUCAAUUUGCACUUCACUGUACAUAUCCAUAAAGAUUCAAACACCUGCAAUGCCAGUUAGACGAAUGCAUCUUUGUCUUUUUCAUGUUUGCAUUCCUGUCCUUCUUUUUCCUCCUUAAUUUGGACUGGACAUGAUGGGACUCAAAGAUUAGGAGCAACUGGAAUGUAUGCCACUGUUUGAAGAAUGAUGUACAUGCUUAUCACUUCUGUGUUUCUUGAGACUGUCAUGUGUGAGUCAGUUUACGAAGGCAUGUGUGAGUGUCGUUCUUGUUUCCUAUGUGCCAAAUGUCAAAAAAAGAGACAGAAUGAAUGCUAGGAAAUUUUACCCGGUACACUGAAGCACUGAAUGUUUUUAAUUCAUGUACAGAUUGAUUUUUGUUUGCAUUAUCCUGUUGAUGUGUGGCCUUAUGCUCGUUUUUGUUUUAGCGCGUGAGUGCGAUGAGGUGGUUGUAAAGCAGCGUAUAUACGGAGGGUUUUUUUGUAUUUGGAAGGACACUUUUUUUCUUCAUCUCCGUGAGUAAAACAGUUUGUAUAUUAAGGUAUGUAAAACUACAAAGGGCCAAAAAACUAAAUGCAUACAGCUAGUGGUCGCCACACAGUACAUGUGUGCUCAGCUCAACAAAGCCAAGCGGUUUCAGCUUUUUCAGAACCCUUUUUGAGAAAGUGAUUUUAAAGGAUGCAGGACGUUACUCUAGAUCACUGGUUCUCAACCUGCAGGCCAUGACACCUGAAGAAGACUUGAGUUAUAAUGUGCAAUGUGUGAAAAAUGUAUUUCUGAUAUACAAAUCUGCGAUCAUGUUUGUAAUCAUUGUGAUGAUUUUCUUUUUCUCGUGAGCAGUUGCAACCUCAAAACGUGUACCAGUAAUUAAUUAAAACUGCCUGACAGUGAAAAUAAAAACCAUCCGUGGAGCGUCAGAGUUGACCUGGUGGUUUGCUGGCACUUGCAGCAGGGUUUUUUACAUGGAGGCAUUGCUUCAGCCAAAAAAGGUUGAGAACCAGUGUUGUAGAUCACUUUGCUGCUGGUUCACAGCAGGUUUGUGAACAAAAUGAAAUAGCUCAGUAUUAUUUCUUCUUUAUUUUGAAAUGCUGCCUACUGCACCAUGUAGGAACUUUGCAGUUUAUUAAGAUAAUGUACAAUCACACUCUCACCCACUGGUAUCAGGAAUAUGACUGAAAUCCAAGACAUAAUGACACAUGAGAAGUAUCUCUUUUUAUAUCUGUAUCAGGAUUUAAAAUUAAAAUGUUAAAUAUUAAAUUCAAGAUUCACACACACCACUCCUCUUGAUAAUGUCUGUACUCAUGCAACUAUAAGGCACUUAUGGUCCACCAAGCACCAAAACGUAGAAAACAUAGCGCAUACACAAAGUUUAGAUUUCCGAUUAGUUAAAAAGCCCGCCAUGCAUCAUAGUGAGUUUCUGCCUGACUCAUUAAAAUGGCCUUUCUUUCUUUCUUUUUUUUUCCAUUAUUUGGCAAAUGAAUUUCACAGAAUAAUGCAAGACAGAAACAGGCAGAUCCUUGUUGCUGCAUACGGGUAAGAGACUCGCCACAGGGUUUCAUUGGUGUCAGUAUCACGUUCCUUUUGCCACCAAAUGUCCAAUCAACACCAUUCGCAGGUAUGAUUUCCUGCAAAACAAAUCUGCUAACAUGGUGCUUUGCUUUCAAGUAGGGGGGAUAUUUAUGACCAAAAGAGCGCAUAUACGUGUCUCUGAAAACGUAAAACUAUAUGGCAGAGUGAAGAAGUGUUGCUCUGUUGAUGAUUGGAAGGAUUUGUCCACAGAAACCUCUGUCCACCUGCUUUCGGCUGUUUAUGGCCAAGGUAAAAGAUUCUUUUAACUGUAAUGGUAUUGUACAGUGUGUUCAUGUGAGCUCAUACCUAUUCACUAUAAUGAAUUUGUUUUGUUUGUCAGACGCUGUGCUGUCAUUCAACAU